AUGGCCACUCUCCAUGAGGCACUUCAAUGCCUCAAACCCACAUCCUGGGAUGACGUUCCCCAGUCUCCGGACGAACUGCGAGACUACAUGCGCGACCUCUUCAAACACAGCCGACUAGUAGCAGAAUCGCUUCCAGACCCUCCACUUUCCGAAGCUGAAGACUAUCCACACCUGGACUACGAAGCGGCAGCUCCCUCCGCUCCUCGGAUCGUCCCUUCAUCUUCCCGCGUCGGCGAAACCGACCCCGAAAUCACCGAGUUACAGAAGCAAUGGGGAAAGCCAGUAAAGGUAGGCGGACCCAAGGACAACCCGCUAGACGUGACAUUGUGGAAAUUAUCCGCGACCGAUGGCGGUGGUUCAUGGUUCGGCCGGCGGAGUGUACACGCGGGGCUACCGUUCUCGCGCUGGCGCGAGAAGAUGUCCAGCGAGUAUGACGAGACGCUCAAAGUCAACCAGAGGAAGAUUCAUAAGGGACAGACUCCCGAUAACAGUAUCCGGGGUAUCGGUGCCGAAGAGAAGGUUGAGACCAUCGAAGUCAAGGAUGCGGAUGGGUCCGAGCUAGGCCAUUUGAUGGUUUACCAUGUAUCAGCGCAGUUCCCCAAGCCCACUGCGCCGCGCGACUUCGUGGCUAUGAUUGUCAAUUCUGAUUCUGGGUUGCGGGUUGGUGGGAGUAAGCAGCCUGGGCGCAGUUGGAUGAUGAUCUCGAAGCCUUGUGACCACCCUGAUGUGCCGCAUAAGCAGGGCUAUACCCGUGGAAAUUAUGAGUCUGUCGAGCUGAUUCGAGAGAUUCCGAAGAAGGAUGGAAGUGAGAGUAGCUCUUCUAGUCAGAAGAGUAAGAAGAAGAGUGAUUCCUCGUCUCCUGAUUCGCAACAUCCUGAACAGGGUGAAGCCUCCGGAGAGCCUGAAGAUGAGGGAAUGAAUCCAGUUGAGUGGAUUAUGGUCACUAGAAGCGACCCUGGUGGCAGCAUUCCCCGCUGGAUGGUGGACAAGGGAACACCUAGAAGCGUGGGAACUGAUGCCGCCAAGUUUAUCAAAUGGGCUAUUCAAGAGGAUAAGCCACAAGAUGAAGAGAAGAGCUCGAGUUCAGGAUCUACAACUGCCUUAGCUGGUACUGAGGCUAAAUCCCCUGAGGCUAAAUCCCGAGAGUCUGUCAACGAAGCCGGUACUGAUGAGGACAACUCGGAAUCGGAAUCGGAGUACGACUCACUCAGUGACGGCGAUCACUCACAUCAUGGUCUGAUUGCCAGUGUUACCGGUUUGCUCAACACCGGCUACCAACGAUUCGCACCUCAAAUCCAAGGCUACAUGCCUUAUCAUGAGGCAGCGGCUCACACGGGCGGAACACAGACUUUCCAAGGUGAUGUAGAUACUGCAGCACUUUCAAAAUCGAACAACGCCGGGCAGAGCAAAUUCCUGGAUGUCGAGCCCACGCAAGAUCACGUCUCAUUCUCUUCCGCUCAUUCAGACCUAGCAACACCCGUCGUCGACGAGAUCACACACACCAACAUGCCACCCGACGAACUGAUGAAAAUGACCAAAACAGGCAAACUCACCUCCCACGAAAAAGACCUCGCAAAGCAAGCCCUACGCAAACGCGAAAUCGAAGCCAAACUAGACACUGUCCGCGUCGAACUCGAGAAACUCCAUCUCCCAUCUCAGCCUCCAACCGCACCAGGAACACCCCUCAAGGGUAUAACUGAAGCAGACAGCGAGACAGGCGCAAUGCGCAAACGCGCAGCAACAAACCGGUCCUCGACGCCCGCCAGCUCAAUCAAACACAGCCAUAAACACAAACAUAGCCAGAGCUCAAUAACGCAAGGAACCGAGAGCAGUGAUGGCCAAUCAUCGCAGACACAGACACCCGAACCACCAGCGCACUUCCACAAAGCCGCUUCGUCACUCUUCAAUGAGGAAUCGAAGUUGCUGAAGCAGUUGCGCAAGGUCGAGGCUAGUCAGUUGAAGACUGCGUCGAAGAUUGAAGCGAGGCAAAAGAAGGAUGCGGAGCGCUCUGAAAAAUCAAAGUCCAAGUCUGAGGUUGAGACGCUUAAGCAGGAGAUUUCGGAACUCAAGAAGGAGGAGAAGACUAAGUCUAAGUGUGAGGUUGAGGGGCUUAAGCAGGAGAUCUCCGAUCUUAAGAAGGAGGUUCGGACGCUCAGGACUGAGCGGCAGAAAUGGGUUGAUCUUGUUUCUUCGUUGCAGGCUGAGAAUACUAAAUUGGCUGCGAAAGGGGAGCAGGAGUGA